AUGUUUCAUGUUCAGGGUCCUGCGGUCUAUGCCAAUUACGGACGUGCUCAAGAUUUGCGCCUUCUCGAGCUGCAAGGCUUGUCCCUUCGUGGCAAAGUGCUGCUGGUUCGUCUGGGGCAGAUCCCUGCAGCCACCAAGGCUCGGCUAGCCGAAACGCGUGGCGCGGCCGCCCUGGUGCUCUUUCCGGACCCUGCGCGGGUGGCGCCCCCGCGCGGGGACCAGGAGCCCUGGCCCUCUUCCCGCUGGCUGCCGGACAGCGCCGCCCGGAGAGACACGCUGCUCGAGGAGCCCGGAGACCCCCUGAGCCCCGGCGUGCCGUCUUCGAGCCCCGUGGCCAAGCUACCGCUAAGGAACGCCAGUCUGCCCGCCAUCUUGUGCCAGCCCGUCGGGUACCGGGACGCCCUCAUCAUGCUCGGCCAACUGGAAGGCAACCGCUGUCCCGACGCCUGGGUGCCCAGUUCAGGGCGCUGCAGACUGGGUGAUGGUUCCGCAAGAAACAGCAUUCGAGUCGUGGUCCAGAACGAACUGAUGAGCGGCAACGUCACAAACGUUCUUGCCACCAUCCGUGGAAACAUCGAACCAGACCGCUACGUGGUGCUUGGCAGCCCUCGCGACGGCUGGGGCCCCGGCGCCCACGCCCCGGGCUCGGGCACGGUGCAACUGCUCGAGGCGAGCCGGGUGCUCUCGGAGCUGCACCGGAGCGGCACCUGGAGUCCGCGUCGCUCCAUCGUGUUUGCCAGCUGGGGAGGACACCGCUACGGGUCCAUCGGCGCCACCGAGUGGGUCGAGGAACAAGUGAAUGAGCUCCAGAGCGGCGCCGUGGCGUACAUCAACUGUCACCAGUGCACAGACGGAGGUGAUUUUGAGUGA